AACAGAAUACAAGCCUGGCGAAAUCCCAAACGCAUCGCUGCUCCCUAACAAGAGCGCACUGCGUAGGGUGUGACAUAACAUAAGCGCAUGCGCACUAAGUAGGGCACUAGAUCUCGAAUCGGGACCGAGCCAGUCCUGGCAGCGACAUUCCAGCGGAGGACCAUCGUUUUCUCCUGUCCUGUGAUGGGACCGCGUUUAGCCUAGAGGCUGUAAAAAUUCAUCUUAAACCAACAUAUCGGUUUAUUUGAUAGUUUAGUGGUCUCAGAGCAGGAUUGAAUCACGUUAUCGUGGUCUCGCGUUUAAAUGGCUUGAGUCUAAAAGACGUACAUCCCGAGACUGCGUAGCUUUGCGACCUCCAGAUUCUCACCUCUCCUCCGUAAUACCGAGCACCGAGAGAAACCCCCGAACAUGCCGCUCGGGCUGGGCCGAAGGAAGAAGGCGUCUCCGCUGGUGGAGAACGAGGAAGCCGAGCCGAUCCGCGCCGGGCUGAACGUGGACGGACUCGACAGCGCCCGGGUCGGGAUCGCUGAAGGCGUGACGCAGGAAGGUCUUCCUCCUCCGCCCACUAACCUGCGACCUCGUCUCAUUUUCCACACCCAGCUGGCGCACGGCAGCCCCACGGGCCGCAUCGAGGGAUUCAGCAACGUCCGCGAGCUCUACGCCAAGAUCGGGGAAGCCUUCGGGAUCCCGCCGGCAGAGGUCAUGUUUUGCACACUGAACACCCACAAAGUGGACAUGGACAAGCUGCUGGGCGGCCAGAUCGGCCUGGAGGACUUUAUCUUCGCUCACGUGAAGGGCCAGAGGAAAGAAGUGGAGGUGUUCAAAGGAGAGGACGCUCUAGGGCUCACCAUCACGGACAAUGGCGCCGGCUACGCGUUUAUUAAGAGGAUAAGAGAGGGCAGCAUCAUCCAUCAGAUCCAAAUCAUCAACGUCGGAGACAUGAUCGAGUCCAUCAACGGUCAGACGCUUAUCGGCUGUCGACACUACGAGGUGGCUAAGAUGCUCAAAGAGCUGCCGAGGGGGAAGAACUUCGUCUUGAAGCUGGUGGAACCGCUCAAGGCCUUUGAUAUGAUCGGUCAGCGGUCAGGGGGGAGAGCGGGGUCAGGCGCACAGCUGGGUACGGGCAGAGGGACAUUACGACUGAGGUCUAAAGGACCAGCAACGGUGGAGGAACUGCCCUCAGCGUUUGAGGAAAAGGCUAUUGCGAAAGUUGAUGAUCUCCUGGAGAACUACAUGGGUAUACGAGACAGUGAGCUCGCUGCCACAAUGGUGGAGUUGGGCAAAGACAAAAAGAACCCGGACGAGUUCGCGGAGGCUUUGGACGAGACGCUCGGCGACUUCGCUUUCCCGGACGAGUUUGUGUUUGACGUCUGGGGCGCCAUCGGCGAUGCCAAGGCGGCGUUAAAGAUGGAGCUGGUGCCGAUGAAGAAACGUCUCGGUCGGCUUUACGAGGCCAAGCAGGAGGGCGACGACAUCACCGUACACAUCAAGAACCAAAGGCAGCAGGCGGAGCAACAGAUCAGAGAGGAAUUUGCCGAGAUCAGAGAGUUCCUGGAGAAACAGGAGCUGGCGAGGAUCGCUCUCCUGGCUGAGGAAGAGGAGGAGAAGUUGCAUCUAAUGAAGAAAAACACCGACAAGCUCUCGCGGGAUAUUCUGAUGUUCUCUCACGCCGUCAGAACCGUAGACGACGAAAUCGCCAACAGCGACUCUGUGUUCCUGCAGCACUACAAGAAUAUAAAAAAGAGAACACGCUUAACCUUUACUGAACCGGAGAAAGUUCCGGCUGCUCUCAUCAACGUGGCGAAACACGUGAGCUCUCUGAAGUUCAGCUUGUGGGAGAAGAUGCAGGCCAUGGUGGAAUACACUCCCGUGACUCUGGACGCCAACACGGCCUACCCAUGCCUGAAGCUGAGCAAAAACCUGACCCAGGUCAGCAACAGCGGCAUGAUGCAGAAGCUUCCCGACAACCCCGAGCGCUUCGACCACUUUGUCUUCGUGCUUGGGUCCGAGGGCUUCGACUCGGGACGCCACGCCUGGGAGGUGGAGGUGAAGGACAACGACGACUGGGUCAUCGGCAUGGUGAAGGAGUCCAUAGCCAGGAAGGGGAAAGUCUCAGGCGGUCCAGAGGCGGGUUUCUGGACCAUCGCGCUGUCGGACGGCCUUUACACGGCCAUGACGUCUCCGCCCACGCAGCUGAAGCUGAGCGGCCAUCUUGAGAGAGUCAGGGUGAAGCUGGACUACGAGGCCGGGGAGGUGAGCUUCUCCAACCCCCUGGACCUGACGCCCAUCUACACCUUCAAAGAACGCUUCACCAAGAGAAUGUUCCCUUUCUUUUGCCCCGGUGCCAACAUAAACGGCAGCAACCCGGGUCCUCUGAAGAUCUGCCCGGUUAAAGUAGCCGUGUGGAACAGCGCCGUCUGGUAACGGGGGGUUUACGUUGUUCUGCUAAACAUCAAAUUCAUGUGUUUGAUCUGCUGUACGUUGUAAUCAGACUCAAAGUAAUCGGAGUGCUCUGGAAAUAAUAUUAUGUGAGUAAUAACCAAUAAACAAUUACUUGUAAGGGCUAAAGUGUCUUUUAUAAUGACUUUUCCACCAUGAGAGGAUAAAAUGUCACUUGGUUGUUAAUCGCAUUAGCCUUCUAGCGCUAAUGCAGAAGAAUCAAAUUAGUUUAGUUUGAACCGUUCCUCAGAGUCUGCCUCAUGCCUGUUCACGUCUGUAAAAGUAUAAAUACAAGAAGGAAAUGGUAAAAAUAAUAAUAAUAAUUUUUAUAACCCACAUGCUAUCAUUAUCUGCAGUAAUUCCAAAGCGUUUAGUCACACGGGCAGCUAGCUAGCUUUUCAAUACCGAGCUAAAUACAGUAGCUUUAUUUCUGGUCAGUAAGCUUUUAUUUGAUUUAUUAUUUAUUUUAAUUAUACAGUUGCUUCUCGAUUCUGAUUGGUCAGAAGCUGUUGAUGAAAUUUUUGACCGUAAAGUUCAUAUCAACGCGCUCGUUCCGAUGCGCGGACGUUUCUAUAGUAACAGCUCAUUAAAACCGCCGCGGUAAAAAUGGAUAAAAAAAAAAAAAGUGUGUAAUUGUCGAUACGGUGACGUUUUUCCGAAGGAGUCUCCGGUGUCAGCAUUUCUUAACGGUCGAUACGGUAACGUCACGUUUUCACGAAAUCUUCAGGACGGAUGAGUUUACACUUUCUUGGUUGGUGUCGUUCUUUAAUAAAUAGAAAAAAUUAGAUUAUUGGCAGUUUGCCGUGGUACGAGAGGAAUAGAACACACUGAUGUGCUGUUUGUAUAAAUAUAUAAAAUUUUAUAAUAUAACUCGAAUUGCUGUGGUAUAAAACACUUCAGGACAUGCUGUUAUAGGAAAAAUAAUCAACUUCAGUGUGCUAACAGUAACUCCACCUUCAUAAGUGUUCUUAUUCCUUACUUAAUAUAAUAUAGGUAUAUAUAUUGUGUAAUAUUGACAGAUAAGCUAUAACGUGGUAUUAAAAUGGUAUUUAAAAGUCAGUGACCUCUAAGACAUGCCUCAUGGGGUUCGUUCUUCUUGUAGAGAAUUAUUAGAUAAAGCUCAGGAACAGCCACAAAAUAAAGCCCCAGAACUAAAAAGGCUUUAUAGCACUGAGGCACGGAGAGCUGUGUUAUCAGCGUGUACACAGCCUGGGUUUAGGGCAGCACAGAGGAGAGCUUCCUUUAGUGCCGACACACACACACACACACACACACACACACGCUGUCAGCACGUUUAACCUGGCCUGAAAGACGGAACCAGAUCCCGUGUCACUAAAGCCAAGUUUCAGCAGUAUCUCAUUACGACUGGCUUGUUUUGGCAGGGAGUGAACCAAAGCAGGGCUGGCUUUGGCUCUGAGCAGGUGUUAAUGAGAAAAAUAUGGCCGAACAACAGCGACAUGGUUCACACCGAGUGAGCUGCUGGUCACCCGAAGAACUCGAGACUAGCUGUUUCUAAUUGACGGGGCGUCGUUUUGUCGAUACGUUCAAUUAAACAGUACCACAAAAUGUCCCCACUGUCGAAUUAUAUUAUAAUAUACACUCACAAUUCGGUCUGUUCUCUUCAUUCUGAUGUUUGAUAUGGACAUUGACGGAAGCUGCCACAUGAUUGGCUGGUUAGAUGACGGCAUCGACGUGCAGGUAUGCACGUGUUCCUGAUAAAGUGGACAGUGAGUGUAGCUAGAUCAUUAUAUAAGGUUAUAUAUUUAUAAACUUUCAAGAUUGUACGCAAGCAAAUAAUUCCGCUCCGCUACGAGUCCGGUGUACGCACUGUUAUAACACGCACGUCAGUGAACCGUCUUCAUUUACUGAACUAAAAUAUCGAAUUUCUGAUCAGGAAAAUUUUUUUUUUUUUUUUAAAAAUGGGUAUUUUUCCAUUUUGAGGGUUUUUGUUUUUAAUGGAAAUUUUUAAUUAGAUCAAAUUUACGUACUUGUUCAUACUCGGGUUUUAAAAGGGCAGAUCAUUAUAACACGACGUCAUAAUACAUGAUGUUUGUAUUGUGUUUUACAGUUAUAUA